UUGACUGGGCAUUUGACAGCAUACUUUUUCAUUUGUAAAAUGUCGCCAAACAAGAAGGUUCAAGCCUUGCAGGCACUUAAAAGUUUGAGAAAAUUAGACAAUCUGCAUAAAGAGAUGUAUACUAUUCUCAAAUGAAAAAUGGCUGCCUCUAAAUUUGUAUUUGCCUCCAAAAUAAACGAUGUUGAAUUCUGCGAAAUGAGAACAUAGCUGUCAAACAACAAAAAUGACAGUUGAAAGCAAGCCAGAGCUCGCAUACUGCUCGGUAUGCGAGAAAAAGCAUGCUUCGUACUUUUUGCGGUCUACAGGUGCGGUUUCUCGCAUGCGUCGUCACGCAUGUAAGUACACUGAGAAACUGACGAGAAGAGAUCAUCUUCUGAUUAUAAUUAAACAUCCACUGAGAAAUCGGCUGUUACUUUUGACAUUGUUACUUGCCUGCCAUUCUAGACACCUACAUAUGUUUCGCUCUCGCGAAUACUACUAUCCUAUGUACAUAUGUAGCUGCUAUCACUUGCAAUUAGGAAAUAUCGAACUGAAAACAUUUGCUUGUCGGAACUUUGCACAACACCCUCCUUUUAGCGACAUCCCACUCAAAAGUCAAUGACGCACUUCACUUCGCUUACGUCGACUUGUACGUAUGGGCAUACACAUGUUUCCAAGUGACGAUUCUUAAAAUACAACUACAUUUACGUGGGCAAAUUUUCACCGUGACGUCAUAGUCUAGGCAAAUGGCGAAUAGGCAGUAAAUUACAAAGAUGCAGAAUAUUUAUUGUUGUAAAUGCAAAAAGUGCAACAGGUCACCUACAUAAGUAGUUAACUAAACACAUCUAUAUAUACAUACCUACUAACCUACAUAGAGAAGACAGUAAAAUGCUCUAUAUAACGGAAGUCAAGCUAUCAGUCAAUUAAAGGCAAAUUCUAAUUUGAUUUGCUAAUUGUAUAGUUUUUCUUAGUAUUCUACAUAGUUGUCUCUUUUAGAGGAAUGGGCCUCCUUAUCGCAUGACCUACUUACAUAAGUACUAUGUAAAUACCAUGCACUGUAUCUACUAGUAUUCCCUAAACUCAUGACCUCAUUUCUCUUUUGUUGUUAUUAUAAUUAUAGGUAUCUGGACAGUCAUCGUAAAUGUGACGUCAAUUACAAAAAUUUAUACCUAAGGCAUGCAAACAUGUAUAGGCUUUUGCAAUAUAUAGUACAUUGCAUUUGCACUGGUCUGUCGACAAGUAGCACAAGGUAUUUAGCAUUGGCCCGCAUUAAUAUAUCCAAACAUAAAGGCUCAAAGUCUAUUAUUUACUAUAGCAUUCGCUGCCAAUUAAAUGCAAAUAUGUUUCAGACGUAUCUAGUACAAUGCUGCUG